AUGAAUAUCCGUCGAAAAAAUCGACUCCGUGUAACUCAAACCCCUCAACCAAUAACUACAACAUAUGACACAAAGCUCACAACACGAACAGAAGUCAGAAAGUACUUAAAACACCAUCCACAAGAACCUUCUUUAGACUUCUUACGUUCAUUCUCUGAACCUCUUCCUCACAAGAUAGUGAUCAAUCCAAGUCCCGAACUCGAAAAGGACAUCGUCCGUGUUAAUCUUCCUCCUCCAAAGCCACUCACCCAGAAAGAGUAUCAAAGUCUCAUUGGAAAAGUUCUCUUCGCGUUGGAGGCUGCUACUGGCUCGUAUUACCCACAUCUUAUCAAUGCCACAUCAUCACUUCUAUAUUUAGAUAAGUCGCCAGAGUUUGCGUAUGGAGUGCUCCACGCGCUUGUCAACAAAAUUCCGGAGUACUUCACACCGUCGAUGACUGGUGUAUUGGCUGAUGUGGAAGUUGUGAAGCGCCAGAUGUUCAUUCGGUCGAACGUCGAGUUGUCGCAUGAAAUUUCUGCGGUGGUAUCGAGGUGGCUUGUCUCGUUUCUGUCGACUGAUCUUCCAUUGUACACGUUUGUUGAGUUGUUACAACUUCUUUUGGUACGAGGGGCAAGUGUGUUGGUCUCAAAUUCUGUCGCAAUGCUUUGUCGCAUAGUAAUUGAAUGCAAAAUUUCUGAAAUAGAAAUGAUCUCAUAUUACCCCCGAACUUUUUAUCGCUUUGGUAAAAUAUCAGAAUUUAGCUCUCUUUAUUUUAUCGCAAACUAUGAGCAAAUGCAUGCAGAGGCAAAGAGCGAUGUUGAAAUCAAGAUAGCGAAGACUUUAAGUGUUGCAGCGAUACGCGACGACAUCGAUGGCGUUGAAAAUUUGUUUGGCUUUGAUCGAGAGAAGUGCACAUUGAUAGUAUCCAAGUCCGAGUCAGUGAAGAAAAAAGACCUUCAAAUCAUGUACCAAUUUGCUGAUCUUUUUUGGGGGCAUUUCAGUGGAAGUUGGAGGAAGUUUGUGAUUUGUGUUAUAGCGUGGAAGAUCUCAAGUAGUAAUUGUUUGCGAGCACGGGCGUUAUUUUGGGGGUUAAGAGAACGAUGUAAAACAGUCCGACGAAAAACGGUUAUACAAGCGAUCAAGACGAUGCUUGAAAAGAGCGAAAUUAGUAUUGAUGACAACUUGGAGAAUGUCUUCCCAGACAGUACCAUCGACGAAACUUCUUUUGUGAUGGCUGCACUUGGUUCGUUCGAGGAGUUAUUUCAAUAUGGAGAAUCGAUGAACCUUGAGCAAUCACUGUGGUAUGACCAGAUCAUCAAUUUUUUAAUUUAG